GACGAGGCUUGCGGAUUGUUUACGGAUUUUUACUGGAUGUGGAGGACGACGAGGCUUACGGUUUGUUUACGGAUUUUUACCGGAUGUGGAAGACGACGAGGCUUGCGGAUUGUUUACGGAUUUUUACUGGAUGUGGAGGACGAGGCUUACGGAUUGUUUACGGAAUUGUACCGGAUUUGGGGGAGGACGAGGCUUACGGUUUGUUUACGGAUUUUUACCGGAUGUGGAAGACGUCUGAUGCCGAGCUGCGCCGAAGAGGCAGAUGCUUAAGGGACAAAUUUUCUGCAGAUCUUGUGCAGUCUUUAGGCAGCAGUUUUUGGCCCACCUGGGCCUUAACUAGGGCCCGGCGCGGCCGCCAGACAGUCUUUAGGGAGCAGUUUUUGGCCCACCUGGGCUUGAACUGGGGCCCGGUGCUCCUCGACACAGAGGAGCCCCUCGUCAACCUGCACUCGACGUGUCGGAGCUUGCGGUACACACCGCACCUGGCUUGCCACAUCGGUGCAGCCGCGGUAGCGGUGCUGGACAAGCAUCGCGGGUGGUGGGUGCAGCGGAACGUCCGAGUAAGUUUCGACCUACUCGCGACUCGCUCGCUGCACCCACGGGGACAGGUACUCGACCCAGAGGAGGCGUGGUACCACUUGAACGGUUACCUCCCGGAAGUGGUGUCCCAGGUGUUGUGGUGGACUGAAGCAGACACCUGCUUCUGGGUGUUCACCCGAUUACUUCCGGCGGAAACGGAGAUCCUCUGCGAAGCACGAUUCCCCGGAGGGUUCGCUGCACUUCUCCUCUUUCACCUGGCAUUCCUCGGAGAGGAUGACCAGGAGGAGGGCGAAGAAGAGGAUCCCGCAGAGGACGACAACCCAGAGUCCGACGAGGAGGUUGCCAGCCACUCGACCCACUCGGUCUUUGGCUCCGACGCACCGUCCCUGGACGGGGAUGAAGUCGACGCGUGGCUUGAGGUUGUCACAAGACACUACGAACCCGUGGGCGCGGAGGAAGUGGCGGAAGCCACCUCGGUCCAGGCCUUAACCACUCCCCGACGUAGCGGGGCCCGGACUACGUGGCCAGCUGUGAUGGCUCACGUCUCAGUGAGCGCCUUUCUACCGCCUGUGCUGCUGAACAUCCUCUUCUGGACCUCCGCGGUAGCCGUGUGGCACCGCCACCACCGCCCGGUGGUGGGCACGCUGGAGGUCCACGGCCACCUCGCGUUCCCAGGCGGGUACUCGGCCGUGGUCCUCUUUGAACUGAGCGUCACCCGGCUUCCGUCCGACGACGGGCAGUCGGAGGGUGGAUCACUACCCUCGACCCACUCUGUCUUCGGGACCUCGGAGGAGCAAGACGUGGAGGUGGAAGCCGAAGUCGAAGACGAAGCGGAGGAAGAGUUUGAGGAGGUGGAGGUGGAGAGUGAGCUUGAAGAAGUCGCAGAAUGUCUACGUUGCGUCAGCUCUUCGACGCCCGGCUGCACGGCCCUUAGUACGGAGGAAGAGUAUCCCUACUGGGGAAGUGGUACCUCCUUAAAAAAAUCCACGAAGGCGCCGACCCGGGUUUUGUCCCUGCAGGCCGUCGAGGCUCUCGUGGUGGGCUUCCUGGGCUGGCUGCCGCUCCGACCCUGGUGGCCAGCGCACCGCUUGGCGGUGUCACAGACCACCAUCUUCCUGCUCCGCCAGAGCCUGGAGACGCUGCUGGGCCGGCGGGUCGUGCAAUUUGUGCCCUUCCCGUACGAGCCCUUCUUGAGGAUGCUCUGGGCCCAAACCGUUGGGUUCCUCCGGCAGUUCCGGACGCCGACGGGCGCGGCGGCCCGCCGGCCGUCUGCACUGGGCGGCCAGCCCGUCCAAGAUGUGGUGGUGCGCCACGUGGGAACACGGGCCUGGCACCAGAUCCCGGCUCGCGCCAUCAACCCGGAGGAGCUGGAGGCCAGCUUGCCGCACGGCGGCUUCAACCGAGCGCUGCGGUGGCUGCGGACCCGCUACGCUGCGCACACCGCAUGCCACAGGGGAAGCCGAGUUCACUACAUCCUGACCGAAGUGUUCGCGGUGGAGUGUGUCCUGUGCGGGCUCGAAGCGUCACUCCGGAUGACGUACCGGACAGUGCUGCCGAGUGACGAGGCAUAG